AUGGCGGCUUCCAUCUCUGGAUCCUGCACCUGCUACCCUAGCAUCACACCAGCUCGUGGCAACCGCCGCAGCCGCACCGUCGUUAGAAGCUCCUUCGCGCCGUGCUCGCCGGCGUCCAAGCCCUCGACGACGCUGCGGAUCGGCAGGAAGUGGCCGGAGCUCCAGGGCGCCCGCGACUGGGACGGCCUCCUGAGCCCGCUCGACGGCGCGCUCCGCGGCGAGCUCGUCCGGUACGGCGAGUUCGUACGCGCGGCCUACGCCAGCUUCGACUUCGACGGCGGCGCCCCGUCGUACGGCUCCUGCCGGUUCCCGAGCCGCUCCCUGCUUCGCCGCGCCGGGCUGCCGGAGACCGGGUACCAGGUCACCCGCCUCCUCCACGCGGCGUCCACCUCAGCGCCGGGCUGGCUGUCACCCUGCAGCUCGAGCUACAUUGGCUACGUCGCGGUGUGCGAUGACGAGGACGAGAUCGAGCGCCUCGGCCGCCGCGACGUCGUGAUCGCGUACCGCGGCACCGCGACGUGCAGCGAGUGGCUCGACAACUUCAAGUCCAGUUUAACCCGGCUGCCAUCAUCGUCCACCGCGGCGCCGUCGUCGAGUGACGCUGGUGAGGAGGAGGAGGAGGAGCCGAUGGUGGAGAGCGGGUUCUGGAGGCUCUUCACCACGCCAGGCGAAGCGCACAGCAGCCUGCAGCAGCAGGUUCGCGACGAGGUGCAGCGGAUCGUCCACGAGUACGGCGGCAAGGGCAUGCCGCCGCUGAGCAUCACGAUCACCGGCCACAGCCUCGGCGCGGCGCUCGCGGUGCUCUCAGCCUACGAGAUCACGACCGCGGCCGCGCAGCAAGGUGUCGACGCGGCGCCGAUGGUGACGGCCGUGUCGUUCGGCGGGCCGCGCGUGGGCAACGCGGCGUUCCGGCGGAGGCUGGAGGAGAGCGGCGGCAAGGUGCUCCGCGUCGUGAACUCGAACGACAUCGUGACCAAGGUGCCGGGGUUCCCGGUCGGCGGCGACGAACGCUGCAGCCAAGGCGGCGAGCCGGCGAAGCGGAAGGCGAGGGUGCCGAGGUGGCUGGUAUCGAAGAUGGGGUGGGCGUACAGCGACGUGGGGCGCGAGCUGCGGCUGAGCAGCCGGGAUUCGGCGCCCAAUAACGUGGUGGCGUCGCAUGGCCUCGACUUGUACCUCCAGCUCGUGGCUGCCUGCACAGAUUAG